GACAAUUGUAAAAUGUCAAAUAGACUUGUAAAAGACAAAGUUAUGUAGUGGUUCUAAAGUAGUGAUAUUGUGUCGAGUACUUGAGAUUUCUGGCAGAUGCUCCAGAGGUGGUUCCAGUAAUGACCCAAUGUUUUGGGAGCUGCUGCAGAGGAUAUUUAACAAUAUUUUUGGAUUCGGCAUGCAUCUUCCGCAAUGUGUCUCCCUGCGUGUAACCUCUCGCAUCAUGGACCUCAGGUUGACCAUCACUUGGUGUGUUCGUUUCAGGACCCUUUGCGCUCGCCAACAGCCAUUCACCAGCACUGCUCCAUUUUUUCUGCUUCCGAGUUGGUCGUCGUCGCCUUCAGCUGGAUUCGAUCCGUCUCACCUUGUGCCUGCCUCCAGAGCGAUUUCACCGAGUAUGCGGUCACUUAAACCGCUCGGCUAUUUAAGUUAUUGA